AUGCCGCUGUUUUUAUCAGAGAACGAAUUCCAGCAAUGCUCGCACGAUGCAUCGCUGGUAGCGGAGAAGGCGGAUUCAUUCAUACGAGGACUAUACAAUCAACUCGAGACCGUUAAAGCGGAGGCAGACGCAGCCUCCAUCACCGCCGAGCAGACGUGCUCUCUUCUCGAACAGAAGUACGUUUCUCUCAGUGCGGAAUUCUCCGCCCUACAAUCACAGCUCACGCAACUUAAUUCCUCUGUCGAUCAGCGAGCCUCGGAGCUUCAACAACUCCAAUCUGAAAAGAAACAACUCGCUCUUCAAUCCAUCGAGAAAGAUGGGGAGAUUGAGAAGUUGACUAGGGAAGCCACAGAGCUUCACAAAUCAAAGAGGCAAUUGAUGGAAAUCCUCGAAGCAAAAGAUUUAGAGAUCAGUGAGAAAAAUUCAACCAUAAAGAGCUAUCUGGAUAAGAUUCUCAAUUUGACUGAAAGUGUUGCCUCAAGGGAAGCGCGGCUGGGUGAUUUGGAGUCUGAAUUGACACGCUCUCAAGCUUCAUCUGCCCGCCUUUUGCAGGAGAAAGAGCUUCUUGAGAGGCAUAAUGGGUGGCUUAAUGAAGAGUUAACAGAUAAGGUUCACAGUCUUAUGGAACUGCGUAAAACACAUGGUGAACUUGAUGCAGAUAUGUCUGCUAAGCUUGCAGAUGUUGAGAAAAAAUUUAGCCAGACUUGUAGUUCUUUAAAGUUGUACAAGGAAAGGGUGGAGGAGUUGGAAGUGAAGGUUGCAUCACUGGAGAAGGAGUUGCUGUCAUCUAAGGAUGCAGCAGCAGUUGCAGAGGAGCAGUUUACUGCUGAAAUUUCAACAGUAACCAAGCUUGUGGAACUAUACAAGGAGAGCACUGAGGAAUGGUCCAAAAAGGCAGGCGAGCUUGAGGGAGUAAUCAAGGCUUUAGAAACACAUCGAAAUCAAAUUGAAAAUGAUUACAAAGAGAAGCUUGAAAAGGAAGUUUCUGCAAGGAAGGAAGUAGAAAAGGAGACUGCCAAUCUGAAAGAGAAGCUCGAGACAUGUGAAGCAGAUUUGGAGAGUUGUAGGAAAGAGAGUGAGCUUAAACAUCUUCCUCUGAGUAGUUUUACUACUGACUUAUGGGCACGCUCAGUUGAAUGUGAUGAUGUGGAUAAUGAUCGUAUGAUUGUACCUAGGAUUCCAGCUGGCAUUUCUGGAACAGCAUUGGCAGCUUCACUUCUUAGGGAUGGUUGGAGUCUGGCCAAAAUGUAUGCCAAAUACCAAGAAGCUGUUGAUGCACUGCAACACGAACAAUUGGGGAGAAAGCAAACCCAAGCUAUCUUGGAGAGGGUACUUCAUGAAAUAGAAGAGAAAGCUGGACUCAUCAUGGACGAAAGAGUGGAACAUGAGAGAUUGGUUGAAGCUUACUCUGUACUUGACGAAAAACUGCAGCAUUCACUUUCUCAGCAAUUGGCUUUAGAGACUUCUAUCCAGGAACUAAAGGCUGGCUUAAAGAGGCAAGAACGUGACUGUAUAAUAGCUCAGAAAGAGACUGUUGACCUCCAGAAUCAGGUGGCUGUCCUUUUAAAGGAGUGUCGUGAUGUUCAGUUGCGCUGUGGAUCUGUUGGUCAUGAUAAUGGCGACUUUGCAAUUUCCAGUCCCAAAAUUUUGUUAAAUGCUGAAUCUGAUGCUGAAAAUAUUAUAUCUGAACGUCUGUUGACCUUUAAGGAUAUAAAUGGAUUAGUUGAACAAAACGUCCAGCUCCGAAGUCUCGUUCGUGGUCUUUCUGACCAGAUUGAGGAGAAAGAAAUGGGUUUAAAGGAGAAAUAUGAAAAGGAGUUUCAGAAACAUAAUGAGGAAACUGCCUCUAAAGUUAAUGCAGUACUAAUGAGAGUGGAAGAGCAGGGACUCAUGAUUGAAUCCCUUCAUUCAUCUGUGGCGAUGUACAAAAAGUUAUAUGAAGAGGAACAGAAACGUCAUUCUUCUUAUCCUCAACCCCAGGAAGCAGCCACAGAAUGGGGACACAAGGAAGCUAUACUCUUACGUGAAAGAGUUCAUGAAACAUCGAAGGUGAAAGAACAGGCUUUUGAGCGUGUUAGAAGUCUUGAAGAAGAUGUGGCGAACUUGAGGAGAGAAAUCAUUUCCUUGCGAUCCGAGCGUGAUAAAUUUAUGAAAGAAUUUGAGCAUCAGAGAGAUGAACAUAAUGGAGUCAUAGCAAGAAACAUUGAGUUCUCACAGCUGAUAAUUGACUACCAGCGAAAGCUGCGUGAAAGUUCUGAGUCCCUAAAUACCAAUGAGGAGCUGUCACGCAAGUUAACAAUGGAGGUCUCUGUCCUGAAGAAUGAAAAGGAAAUAUUGCUAAACUCCGAGAAGAGAGCUUUUGAUGAAGUUCGCAGUUUGUCGGAGAGAGUUUAUCGUUUGCAGGCCAGUUUGGACACCAUGCAUAGUACGCAGGAAGUGCACGAGGAGGCCAGAAGCAUUGAGAGGAGAAAGCACGAGGAGUAUGCUAAAAAAAUUGAGAAAGAAUGGGCUGAAGCUAAAAAGGAGCUUCAGGAAGAACGUGAUAAAGUUCGGAAUCUUACACUUGAGCGCGAAAAUGCCAUGAUGAACGCCUUGAAACAAGUUGAAACUCAGGCUAAAGAAUUAGCUGAUGCCUUGCAUUCUGUGGCUGCAGUUGAAGCUAGGGCUUCCAUUGCAGAGGCCCGUUGUGCUGAUUUGGAGAAGAUAGUUAAAUCUGCACAAGUGAAGGAUUCUAAAGAUGUCGAAGGUGGUCCAUCCUCCUCCUCUAGUAACAAGACUUUGGAGGAUUUACGGGUUGAAAUUGAAACACUGAGACAAGAGGCGCAGACUAGCAAAGAUCACAUGGUUCAGUAUAAAAGCAUAGCUGAAGUAAAUGAAGCAGCACUUAAACAGAUGGAAUCUGCCCUCGAGAAGUUUAGAAUGGAGGCUGAUAAAGUUAGGAAAUCACUUGAAGCAGAAGUUCAAUCACUUAGAGAGCGGAUUAAUGAACUUGAAAGGGAAUGUAAUCUGAAGUCUGAGGAAGCAGCUUCUGCAAAUGCAGGAAAACAAGAAGCUCUUGUGGGUGCUUUAUCUGAAAUUGCUAGUCUGAAGGAGGAUUGUGCUAAUAAAAUGUCCCAAGUUGUGGUGAUGGAAGCACAAAUCUCUGCCUUGAAAGAUGAUUUGGAGAAUGAGCAUCAAAGAUGGCGUGCUGCUCAAGCCAAUUACGAAAGACAGGUUAUUCUACAAUCAGAAACAAUUCAGGAGUUGAUGAAAACAUCUCAAGCCUUGGCUUCAGCACAGGAGGAAACAUCUGAGCUUCGUAAAGUGGCAGAUGCACUCAAAAAUGAAAAUAAUGAGCUGAAGGCCAAGUGGGAAGCUGAAAAGUUAUCUCUAGAAACAUCUAAAAAUGGAGUAGAUAAGAAAUAUGGUGAAGUUAAUGAACUGAACAAGAUGAUGUACAGUCGGAUUGAGGCCUUGCAAAUCAAAUUAGCUGAUAAGGAUCGAGGAAUGGCUUCUGGGAGCACAUCUCAGACUUUGGGUAAUGAGGAUGGAUUGCAAGAUGUUGUAAGUUAUCUGCGGCGGUCAAAGGAAAUUGCAGAAACAGAAAUUUCCCUAUUGAAACAGGAGAAGCUUCGAUUGCAGUCACAGUUAGAGAGUGCUCUAAAGGCAGCAGAGUUAGCGCAAGCAUCACUUAAUGCAGAGCGGGCAAUAUCUCGAGCAUCGCUAUUCACCGAGGAAGACUUCAAAUCUCUUCAACUUCAGGUGAGGGAACUGAACUUGCUUCGAGAAAGUAAUGUGCAGCUCCGGGAAGAAAACCGACAUAAUUUCGAAGAAUGCCAGAAACUUCGUGAAGGAGCCCAAAAAGUCAGGACUGAAAUCGAGAAUCUGGAGAGACUUCUUAAAGACAGGGACAGAGAGGCAGAAGCUUUCAAGAAAGAAAUUGAAAUGCAGAAGAUCGAGAAAGAGCAUCUUGAGAAGAGAAUUGUUGAGUUGCUGGAGAAGUCCAAGGAUGUCGAUGAAUAUCGUAGCAUGAGAGAAUCUUUUGAGCAGAUGCAAGUGAAUAUGAGAGAGAAGGAUGCACAGUUGGAGGAAAUUAAGAAACUUGUAUCUGAGAAGCAGGAUGCUACAUCCCAUUUAGAGCAAGACCUUACUAGGAGCAAAACAGAAUUGAAUGAGAGAGAGAGCAGAAUUAAUGAAAUCUUGCAAGCCGAGGCUUCUUUGAGAUCAGAAGUUGAAAGAUUUAAGAGAUCAAAUGUUCAAUUGAGGAGGAAGUUGGAAAACUUGUCAAAGGAAAAGGAGGAACUGAGCAAAGAGAUUCAAGUACUUUCCAAACAAUUGGAAGAUGCCAAACAAGUGAAGAGGAAUUUAGGGGAUGCUGCAGGUGAACUGGCAAUGAAGGAAAAAGAGAGGGAGAAAGACACAAGAAUACAGAUUCUUGAGAAAACUCUGGAGAGGCAUAGAGAGGAUUUGAAGAAGGAGAAAGAUGAUCGUAAUAAAGAUAAAGAAAAAUUUCAUAAGAAUCGAAAGAUAAUUCUUGACUCUUAUGAGAGUGUCAGUCAGCAGAGGACAAAGCUCGUAGAUGAGCUGGAAAAGCAUAAGCAUGCGAUGAACACACUCCAUGAUGAAGUGGAGAAACUAAAGAAUGGCAGUCAGUCCGAGUCUACGUCAGUGGUUCAACGUUUUACUGGCACUCUAUUGGAGGAUUUUUCUGCUGCCUAUUUCCAGGCUGUAGAAAAUUUUGAGCGAGUUGCACUACCAGUUCGCAUUGAGCUUGAAGCUUCCACUUCUACUGAUCCUUCUUCUCUGGAUACUUCAUCUGCAGGAGCUACAACUGUUCAAGCAGGCCCUGCAAUUACCCAAAAUAUUUUACCACCUCCAGCUGCUGCUGCUGCUGCAGCAAAUGUUCCUGCAACAAAAACAGUUGAAGAAAGGGAGAAACGAUUUACUUUUCCAAAGACAAAUGUUAAAACAGGGAGGAAACUGGUCCGUCCUAGUAUUACAAAGCCUAAAGAACCUCGAGGUGAUGUAGAGAUGUCAGAAGCUGGCGAGUCUAACAAUGGUGUCAAGCAGUCAUCGUCUCAAAAUAUAGAAACUCAAGGAAAUCUGAUCAUACCAACACUUGUUCGCAAACGUCCAUCAUCUUCAGUUUCCUCUGAUUUGCAAGAAGAUGUACUGGCUCCAGAGGAAACUAGCUCUGACAUGACAGCACCUGAACCGAAAAAGUCUAAAGGUGCAGAGACCCAAAGAGAUGGUGGUGAAGAACACUCCACUGCUACUUUGAAAGCUCCCCUAGUUUCAACUCCCCCUGAAGAUUCGCCUGAGGAUGUUGAAAAUGUUCAUCAAGAUAUCGAGGAACAUGUAGAUGCUGAAAGGGAUGAGUUAGCAACUGCAGGGGAGGAAGUUGAAGAGCCAAAGAAUCAGGCUGAAUUACAGAGUGACACUAGUGAUGUAGCAGAAGAGAAUUUGGAUAAACCAAGUGAAGUUGUAUUGCAAGACGAACAAUUGAGAGAUCAGACUGAACAAGACGUCCAGCGUAUAGGAACAGAAUCUGAGAGCAGGGAAGAGGGAGAGCUGGUCGCAGACGAUGUGGACACUGAGCGAAGUGCUAUUACAUCUAAUGCAAUGGAGGUAUCAGGAGUCGGGGAGUUUCAACCGGAGCAUGCAACAUUCGAGAAUUCUCCAGCAGCUGACGAACCCUUGGAAGUUGGGGAGAUUGAUCCUUCCCAAGUUUUGGACGAAGAAAAAAAUGAAGGGGAUGAAAUGACCGAGGACGUUGUUGAAAGUUCAGAUAAGAUUGAUGAUGGCACCGACCAAGUUGCAGAAACAGAUCAGGUCCCUGGAGAUUCUAAUAAUGCUGGUCAGGAAGCAACAACUAGCAGUGCUGUUGAAACUGGGGCUCCAGAACAAGGUGGUUCAACUGUCACCAGUGUCGUGGAAGGAAUACAGACGCCCACUGUUACUAGCAGCAGCUCGACAACCAUCAAUUGGCAGGAGAGAGCUAGGUUAAGGGCAUCUAUUAGACAGGCUGGUAUGCUUGCUCCUUCGCCAGGUAGAGCUCGCGGAAGUGGAAGAGCAACUAGGGCUCGUGGUGCGCGAGGUGGUCGUGCUGGUCGUGGACAAGCACCUGGUUAA